AUGUCGGCCGCCAGCUGUUGCCGACCGCCCCCCUCGCAGGGGCCGAUGCUGGGCAGGGACAUCCCCGGCCCCGCCAAGCGGCCCAGCCUCCCCGAGGGGGUCCCGCUCCUGCCCGGGGGCUACAGCACCACGCCGGGGGGGACGCUGUUCGGGACCAUGCCCGGGGGUACACGAAUCAUUUACGACCGUAAUUUUUUAAUGGAGUGUCGCAAUUCUCCAGUUGCCAAAACACCACCGUGUCAUCUUCCUGACAUUCCAGGCGUUACAAGUCCAAGUGCAAAGGAACUCGGAUCGGAGACCAAUCAUGCCCACAACGAGGAGGAGAAACCAGGCAUAGGUGAGGAAGCCCAGUUUGACAUGGAUAUCUAAAGCUUUGGUUCGGAGAAUACGAGGAGGUUUUUUUUCUCCCCUCCAGUGGAAACGCAGAAUCAGCAGUGCUUCCAAAACAAGUGAGACUUGUAGAAUAGUCCACGCUUUGCAAAGCUUUCCAAUCUGGAAGGUCCACUCAUUUUUAUUUUUUAACGCGGAAGUGGGGAAGGCGAUUUCCAGUGGCGUAAGGAGUGAAAACGGUGGCAGGUUUCUCUGUACGGGAUGGUGGUGCUGCCAGUGA